GCUGUGCACCGGCGGGCGCGAGGCGGCGGGGCCGGGACGCGGCGCGCGCUCGGUGUCCCCGUGUCCCCGGGCGGCGGUGCCGCGGUCAUCCGGUCGGUUCCCGGCAUGAGCCGCGCCUGGAGGGCUCUCCGCGCUCUGCGGCUGCGGCUCGUGGGGCCUGCUAAGGAGCUGGUGGGCACCGACCAGUUUGGCAACAAGUACUACCGGGUGCCCAAGUACGAGAGCCGCGCAGCGACGGUGAGGUGCAGUUCAGUAAACCCUUCACCCAUCCCACCACAAUAUUUAUCCCAGAGACAAGAAAAUAAACAGAAAGUCAGGCAGAUUAUACCGGAAAGAAGAUUUGUAGAAGCAGUAAAUCGUGAGGCAUAUCAAUAUCAAAUUGGUGACUUUCCAGCAGAAUGGGAAGCAUGGAUAAGAAAAAAGAGAGAAGAUCCACCCACAAUUGAGGAGAUUCUUAGGAAUGAAAAUUAUAGAGAAGAAAUGAAGCAGAAAGUCAAGGAUGUAUCUGAAAAGGAUAAGCUGCUUCAGGCCAAAGAGUAUGAAGAAGGACUUGUUGCUGAACCAAGUCAUACUCAGGUUAAAGGCCAUGCAUCUGCCCCUUACUAUGGAAAGAAGGAGCCCUCACAAGACCCCACGAGCACUGCAAAUACCUUCCAGCCAGGUGCCUGGAUGCCACCAGGCAGUGGUAGUGGUCAAAAUAAAUAAGCAAUACAAUGGACAGGUACUGUUAAACUAUUCAAAUAGGCUUGAUCAUGACCAAGUAUUGUGAAGUGUUUGGGUUUAGUGAAAAACAGGGUGUGUUACUAAGUUUGGUUUUGUCAGAUGCUGUUCAGCAGUUACUCUUGAACUCAUACUUAAAAGACAAAUUUUCUUAAAGUUUAAAUUGCUUGUUUCCUUGAAGACUAAUUUAGUUUUGAAACUGUUAUUGAUGUAAGAAUUGUUGUCUGUACACUUACAUUUUCCCAAGCCUUAGCCAAGACAUCUCUUCAGAAUAAAUCCCUUGGCAGUGCCAGCAUGCCUUCUGCUGGCAAGCAGACGGAAAAGUUGAUUUCAUUAACAGGAAUCACUGUGAUGCUACACUGGUUAUUCACUGUACUCAUCAUAGAGAUGUUCUUGUAAUUUAAAACAGUCAACAUAUUUGAAUGUUUGAUUUGCAGAUAGCAAUUUGUACAGGAUAAAAUCAGUUAAAAUACAUAUAACUGCUAUAAUAGAAGCUAGAAGUACUUGAUAAAGCUGCUUGAAAAUAACACUAGGGACAAGGGACUGUCAUGAAUAUUUAAAAAAAUAUUAGUUUUUAUCGUUGUGUAUCCAUGGACUUCCCUAGAUGAUGAGAUCAUUUUGGCCAUAGUUUAGAUACAUAAAAUGCGCAGAUUAUUUGCUUAGAGAUGAUGUUUGAGAACUUCAAAUAAAAAUAAAGAGCACACAAUUUUUUUUCAAAAA